AUAUUAAUUAGCUGUUGCACCUCUACCUGAGUAAAUCUAGAAGCUUGAAACAGCAGACAAGCCUCUGUCCAAUUUUUUGGGAUAUACUCAUAAAUUUUAUGUAUCAGUGGAUCUUCUCUCUGAAAGGCAUCCAUGCAGUACAGUUUAAAGAAAGCUGAAGAAGAAAAUGGCAAAAUACCAGUUUGCCCCUCGUCACUACCCGUUGUUGUUUUGCGAAGGCGUCUACGUGCAGGCUGACAGGUCACAAAAUAAACUUGAAAGGAGAAGAACUACAAUGUCCAGCAGUGUGCUGUGUGGUCGAGGCAGGCUGGUCCUAUCUCAGACCACUGGCCGUCAAGCGUUAGCUGCUCUCAGGAUCGGCAGAGUCAGAACCUUCUCUGCUUCAAGCUCAGAUGAGCCUUACAUCACUGUAUCACCCGCAGACUCAGGCCCCAGGACCGUGUGGCCUGAUGAGAACAUGGGACCAUUCGGACCUCAGGACCAGCGCUUCCAGUUACCGGGUAACGUUGGAUUUGACUGCCACCUGGAGGGCAUGGACGACCAAAAGAAAGCUCCAGUCCACAAGACGGUACCAGACGUACUGACGGCCCCAAGCAGCACAGAGAGACACCAGUUCAUACUGGCCCAGUUUGUUAAUGAGUUCCAUGGAAAACUGGGUCCCAUAUCCACGAGAGUCCACAAAGCUGAGCAGUACUUUAAUCAGACAGACGCAGAUUGCGCCAUAAAUUCCUGCCCUGAGCUGUUAAGGAAAGAUCUCGAGCUGUUGUUCCCCUCAGCACCCAGCACUUCCAUCACAGUUGUAACAGUCACACAGGGUAGCAGCCGGUGCGAGACGGCAGAGCAGGACAGAGAUCAGCUGCUUCACAGAUUUGUAAGCGGUGCAAAAGAGAUGUGCUUCGCUCUGUGGACUGCAGGCUACUGGGCAGACUUCAUUGAUCCAACAACAGGAGCAGCUUUCUUUGCAUCUCCAUCAAGUCAAAGCGCACUGCGAACAGAGGAGGAGCUGAGAGAUUUGGGCUUUCACAUCGAGGUGUCGGCCUCCUGCACAGUUAUUCGCCACAUCCUGAGAGGAACGCCUUUGUUCGUGGGGACUGUUUUUACCAACGCACCUCCUCACAGUGCUGUUAUUGCAAGACUACAAGGACUCUCAGAAGAUGAGGAAUAGGCUUUUUUUUUUUUAUACCCUGCAGAACUAAAUCCAAACACAAGUUUAUGUUUUGAAGAAGCUUGGAACUUGAUGUACAGUAGUGUUGGUGGUUUAUGAUUUUGUCUUACUGUAACACACAGCAGCCAGACAAAUGUUAGCAUAACCAAGGUCUGACUGAGACUCUAAUGUGUACCACGGUGCUGUGCCUGACUGACAGGUCACUUUUAAAACUGGCUCAUCCUGCACUACAUCCACAGAGAAACACUCAACCAGUGCAGUGGGAAUUUAAAAUGUGAUAUUUGCCAUUUGAGGGGUCUGUAGGAAACAUGUGUUUUAUAAUAUUAGAAAUAUUGAUAUGAAAUGGAAACCUUUCAAAUGCACCCAGGCAGCUGUUAGUUGCUAAUGUGAAAAAUCCAGAUUCACCUUCAGACUUUAGCUGAAUGAUCAGGUCAAUACUUUUCAUACUUACAAGUGUACAGGAUUGUUUUUUUCUCUGAACUAUUGCACAGAAUCUAAAGAAAUAUGGAUGAUGUUUUUGUCAGUUUCAGUUGUGAAACAAUAAAGUGACAUUAUCAGGC